GACUGUUUUUACUUUUUUUUCCUGGUAGUUUUGUUGUGACGCCGCUUGUCAAUAUUGAUAGUAAUGAAAAAGACGUGUUGCUAUUGAUUGUUGCUAGUUUUUGUCCGCGGAGUAGUUUUCUUCAGUAUGGCGAAUGUGUUGGAAACUGUGCGAGAAGAAGAUUACGUUGAAUAUUUCAUAUUUGCUGCUGGAUUUGAAACGAUUUCUCGUGAUUCUGAUCGUAAUGUCUUAUCAGAGAAGCUACCGGAAAUUCUUUCCUUUGUUCGCCAAUACUCUGAAUCGUACAUUUGGCAUAAAGAUUGUUUUAAUUUGACCGUGCAGUCGAAUUCCGGCACCCCAGAAGAGUGCAUGGUGCCUCCUCACUUGCAUGGUGUAACUCACUUUGGGGAAAAUAUUGAAGAUGAAUGGUUUAUAGUAUUCCUCUUACACCAGCUGACAAAGGAAUUUAGUGAUCUUAUUAUAAGGGUAGUAGAUUCAGAUGGAGAGUUCCUGCUCAUUGAGGCGGCAGACCACUUACCGAAUUGGGCGAACCCAGAAACAUGUGAGCAAAGGGUGUAUUUGUAUCGAGGUUCUGUGCAUGUGGUCCCUUUGAGUGAGGGUGUUGGUGAUCAGUUGUCCAUCAAAGAUGCCGUCCAUUUGGUCACCGCAUCUCCUGAGACCACGGUUGCUGCUGAUCCUGUACAGAAAUCAGUUCAGAGAAGAAUUGAUGGGUACCCUGCCAAGGUGGUGGAACUGCAGCAUCAGGCCACUGUGUAUGUGCCAGCGGGAGUGGCAGCACUACUAAAAGCAAGACCAGACUUCAUCGCUCCAGCUGUGCUGGCUUUCUGCAACAGGGAUCCCAUCGACAUGAAGGUGUGCCGGGCAAUGAGGUUCUUCCCCCCGGAGAACAGGGUGUUGGCCAGCGUGAAGUUCACCAAGUGUCUGUACGCGAUGCUCUCCCACCACAAGUUCUACCCGGACAGACGCACGGGCUGGCAGAUGCCCGACCCAAACAGCCCCCACUACAAGGCCCACAGUCUCGGCAUGAAACUGGGUUGUGGCUUCGAGAUCCUGGUUUCUCAAGCCAAGCCUCUCAAAGACCGUGAGUCUGCCCCCUCCACUCCUGAUGAGCAGGUGGAUCUCAGCACCGAUCGAGGGUGGAUGCGCUACUUGGAGGCCUUGAAUAAAUGUGGUUAUUUCAAGGGCCUCUUGGAGGGAUCCAAGGAGUACAUAGAGCUGUUUGAGAAAGCCCGCAACCACUACCUUGCAGCCAGGGACUCGAUGCCCAGCAAGUCCUCAGUCGGACAAGAAGUUUUUGACGUGCUGAGUAGCCUGGAUAUUGAUGUUGAAGAACUAAAACAGGAAGAAAUUUCACUUCCUCCCCCAGAUGAUGACGGCUGGCUGGAAGUGUCGCCGAAGGCUCUGGAUGAGAUGAUGGAGGAGCGUUACGGCCGCAAGAUGACAGCGAAGGUGAACAGUGAGACAGACCCUCAGGUAGUCUCGUCGCAGCUCAUGAAGUUCAUGAAUCACAUCUCCGGCCUCGAAGGUGCUGAAUUCCCAGAUUAUGACGAGGACUUGGGAGGACAGUCGCCAGCGCCCGUCCGGCCUCAGAGAGGAAUCAAGAAGACGAAAAAGGGCAAAAACACCCCAGACACUUCCCCGAGUAAAAUUUUCCCAAAUGGUGGUUCGGAUGAUAUGCCUCAAGACUCUAAUAAAGUCAGCUUCAGUGCUGAUGCCUUCUCAUGUGCUGUACAAAAUAUUUUAGACUUUGCCAUACCAGAAGAUAACUGGGAAUUGGAUUCGGAUGACUCAGCAAUGAGCUCGUAUGGUGAAGAAGUUGAUAUGGACCUUAAUCAGUCAAAAUCAGGUAAGAAAGGAAAGACAACUGCAGAGAUUGAAUCUGAGAUCAAACAAUACAUGGAUCAAAUGGACCAUGAAUUAGCGAAUACAACCAUAGGAGAAAGUUUUGAAAAAGUAACUAACAAUAAGGCUGCAAGUGGGGGAGGCGACCAAGAUGAAAGUUUCGAAGACAUAGAGAACUUCAGUCCGGUUGACAUAAAUGUGAACGCCUUGAAGAACAUCUUGCAGUCGUACCAGUCGCAGAUGGGCAAUGCCGGUCCGGCCAGUAAUCUCCUGGGACACAUGGGUCUGCAGCUGGACUCGGAGAGAGACUCCGACGAGGCCUAGUCCCUGGAAGUUAUCAAGCGUAGUUACCAGUUCCAGUCCUGACAUGUGCAUCUCAAUUUUUUCCCUCUGUCUCAGUUUGCUGCAUGUGUGAUAUGUUCACAAAGAUUUUUUUUUGACCUUACAAAAUCACUCUGUGUGUUUGAUUAAUGAUUCUAUUCUAUGUUUUGAAGUUUGAGUGUGUUAUGUAUGUCAGUCAUAAAAUAUUUUAAGGCUUUAGAUUAUAAAAACCAAUUUUUAAGGAUAUUGACACAAAUUGUGGUGUGUGCGCGUUUUUCAACACAUUGCAACCAGGUAUCAUAUUGUUGUUACAUAACAGUUUUUCACUUUUAUGGUAUUUUCUUUUAAAAAGGCAGCUCAAUUUUUUGCUAUGAGUAUAGGCAACAUUUUGUGGAAUUUUGCUUGUAGUGUGCCAUAAUUUUUAGUCAUGAUUGAUUUGUGUUUUUUUAAUUAAAGAGCCUUAGUUUACCUAGUUUCGAAUUAUGUGUUGACUUAGAUACUGAUCCACGGUUUGUUUGCAAAUGGGUCAUACGUGAUACUUCGUGCUCUGCAACUUGCCUGUGGAUAUUUUUCCAGACCAAAGGACUCAAGAGCACUGAAUGAAUAACAUUGACAUCCUUUUGUAAUUGUGUUAUGGAUCUGUCUUCAUAAUAUUUGUUUAAUAAAAUUUUUGAUUUGUAAUUGAUAUUUAAAUGUAUCUUGAAUUUUGACAGUAAUGAAAAAGAUCAAUUUUUGGAAUAUUUGAGCCUCCCUGGAAACAGAUAAUUUAUGAACACCUACGUUUUUAUGGUGUAGGAAAAUAUGACAAGACAUGGUUGUGUAGUACCAUUAAUAUUUUGGUGUUCAUUGAUUAUGAUUUGAAUGGCCCAGUAUUUGGUUGCCUCAGUUAAAGUUUCAAGUAAUAUUCAGCAGCAGCUUUUCACUAUCAAGUGCUCAUCGCUCAAUGUAAAUAUGUGUAUUUUCGUAUGUUGUGAAAACUAUUAGAAAAAUAUAUAUUCAGUACAUAUCCUAGUAAAAUUCUUGAGUAUGUUUCGGUCAAUUUAUUCCGUAAUUUGUGUUUUGUAACUUAGUUAUAUAUGUGAUUUAUUUGUUACAAGUGAUUAAUCAUUUAUUUUCAUUUUUCUGGUACAGUUUAUGUAUUUUAGACAACUUUUCCUCUCUGCAAGGUCUACAUGCCUAUAUUUAAAUGUGCAUGACUGAAUGCUAGGUUAUGGUCCUUGCUAGCCGCGAUGGCCAAGGCUGUACACUUGUGUAGUGAGGAAAGCCUGCAUUCACACCACCUCGCACGAACAUCCAAUUCUGUGCAUUACUUUGGUACACCAACAUGUUUGGAGCUCAUUAAAAUCCUGUAUGUAUUUUCACCUCAUUUGUCUGUGCUAGUACGUAUGUAAUUGUGCUGAGUGAAACUCUACCUAUGUUUACCAUAUGUACUUUAUGUGCACCUUUAACACAACCUGAUUUAAUAUCUGGGAAGUUAUUUUUUUAUUUAUAAAAAUGGUCUUUAUAGCAUGUUUUUGUACUCUUUUUACAUGUUACUCUAGUUUAAAAAAAAUUGGCCAUAAGAUUGUAAUGUACUUAAUAUUCUUUCGCAUGCAUUGAUGGCCAAUCAGUUUUUAAUAAUUGCUGAUCAUUUUAGUGGUAUAAUUUUGGUAAAGGAUGUUCACAUGAUCAGUUAUGUUAAAUUAUAUGCCAUACAGGUAUGCUGCAUUACAGUUAGUAUAAACAUUUUAGGAUUUACUUUCAACUUUCAUUUAUAUAGUCUUGAAAAUACAAUGAAAUUCUACUGUUUGAUAGAUACGUACCUGUUCUGAAAUGUGUUUCAGCACCUUAUUAACUGGAAAAAGACAACACUUAACAAGAUUCCAAAAGUGUUCAGAUUAAGAACACUUGAAAUGAUAACUGGAUUUUAUUUAAUUAAUCGAAAUAAAAUGUACAUAUUUCUACAUAAUUAUGGUAGUAGUACUAUGAAUAGUUCAUUUUGUAAUUUUCUUUAUUUUGUUUAUGAUGUAUUUAGUCAAUCAGCUACAUAUAUGCAAAUAUUAAAACAAAAAUGGGAAUGUUAGCACAAGUAAACAUUAAUUAGAUUCAUGUUUGACAAGAAUUUAAACAUUAAAAUGUUUUAAAUAGCUCAUUUGUGAUUUUUUAAUAUGCACAGAAAAUAGAUGUGUAAUUUUCUUUACUGGCUUAAUUGCCGAUAAUCUCAGUUGUAGCUGUGCCUUAUGUAUUUGUAUUAUAUGUUAUUACUUCAUUAGACUUUAGGCUCUUUUGAUAUUUGUGAUAUUUUCUAACCAUUUUGAAAUUUCAGGAAAAACACUAAUAUUGACGUGGAAGUAAAAUGUGUUUAUUAUAAAUUUGAUUAAAUGACUUAAUCAACAGAUUAAAGUUCACCUUCACAUUGAUGUUCAAAAAACAAAAAUAAUACAGUAAAUAUUUGCUUAUACUUUAAAACAAGCUUAAUUACAAAAAUUUUGAAAAUUUAAAAAAUAUUUAAAAAUUGUUAUUUUAUUCAUUUUGGCUUUCUUUACAUUUCACAAGUUAGCUGAAAGGUCAAGCAAAUAAAAAAAAAACUAAUUUACAAUAAUAGGUACAGAUUAAAUAACUAUCACAAAUAUUCUAAGAUUCUAACUGAUUUUGUGCAGUGUAAUAUUUGUUAAUCUAAAUUAAACUUCCAUGACUAUUUUUUUGUAUUUUAUCAAUUAGGGAUUUUAUUUUAUCUGAUUCUUUAAAACAUUUUCAACUUCACCAUGAAUCAUGUUUCAAGGAAUAAAACUGAAUUAAUUCAAAACUGUACAUGUUUACCUUAUUUCAAGCCACUGUUCAUUAAAUGACAGAGUUAAGUUUAUCCAUUAGCUAAAAGAAUACAUUUUGAAAUACAAUAUUUACAUAUAUAUUCAUUAUAAAAAAAAUGUAUAUUCGCACAACUUUAUAGGUAUACAAUAGACCCCCCCCCCCCUUUUUUUUAACACUAUUCUAGGGGUUGUCUGAAAAUGUUGUAAAAAACAGGAAAGUGUAAAAUGUGGGGAGUGUAUGAAUUUUUUUUUUUUGCUCAGAGAACUGUGUUAUUGUAAGAUCUUAACAUACCAUAGUCCCAUAUUUAUAUAGGUAAUGUAUAGGUAAGCAUACAUACAGUAUAUGUACAUACUUUCAUACUAUUAUUAUUAGCAAAUCAUAAUAUCAGACAUUUACAGGUUAAGAAUAUUAAUAAAAAUGCAUUACUUUAUCACAAUACAAAAAGCAUAAGGAAAAUGUACUAUAGCAAAAGUAAUUUUUAUCAAAGCAAAAAAAAAAGCAAGGUUUAUUAUAAUCCUAUUUCAGUAUUUAAAAAAAAAUUGGUAAAAUUAAUCUCUGUAAUUAAGUAUAGGUACAAAAAGCUACUUACAAUUUAUAAUAUUGUCAGUACUGUGUGAAAAAAUCUGAAAUUUUGGUUUGCAACAAAAUACUGUUUAUGGAUAUAUUCGAGGCUCUUGGCCCUUGCACCCACAAACCAUUUCUUCGAAAGUACUUAAAGUUCCUCAUAUUUUUAUGCACUAAUGUUUUUUAUUUCUUUGAAAAACCACCUCACUCAGCUGCAUUUCCUUCAAUUAUUUUGCGAUUUUUCACAAUUGUGUUCAGAGUUGAAAUAGGCACCCCAAACCUCUCAGUGAGUGAAACAGUACCUUUGUGCUCGUCCAUGCAUGUUAAAAUGUUUAGUUUUUCAUCUAUAAAGUUUUCCAAUCUUUUGCGUGCUGCCUCUCUCACUCAAUAAAAUACAGAUAAAAGUUUAGUUGAUUACUCACAGUAUAAUAAAAAAAUUUAUUGACAUUUAAAUUUGUUACACACCAUGUUAUUUUUAACAAACAUUGACAAAAACAUUAUACAUAUAUACUGUACGUAAUACUGUAUGUAUUAGUUACUGAUGGACAGUCAGGAUUUCUAUGAACUUUAUGCACUUGCAUCAUGUGCCAACAUUUUUCAAAGUCUGCCAUUAUUAGGCCAGUGUUGGCAGCCUGUCAAUAAGAUUUUUAAUGCACGAGCACAUUGAAACAUCCAGGAAUUACAGCGCUAGUGUUCACAACAGCAUUUUUGAUUUCAUAUUUCAGACGAAAGUGUUAUCUUCAUAUGUACUAUGUACAUGACAAACACUGGAAAAAUGAAUUUACAUAGUUAUUGCUUUGAGACAAAUGAGGUUAAAAUGGGACCGAAUAAAAUGGUUCAAUUAAUGGAAAAAAGUAAAGCAGUAAUUUAAAACUGGGGUUCUACUGUAUCUAUUAAUUAUUGGUUUCAGUAGACAUUUUUUGUACUAAUAUGUUUUAUCAUAUAUGUUUUUUGUAUUUUAUAUAUUUGUUUGUAUUUUUAUAAGCAUUCUAUAAUUUUGUAAUGUCUUGAGAUACACGUGUUGUAUAAUACAUUGCCAUAUAGUUUGGCCAGUAAAAUUUUGUAAAUAUGUGGUUACUUAAUUCAAUGCACUUUUAUUUUAAUUAUAGAUUUUAUAGUAUUUUGUCUGAACAUUUGUUUAGACAUAGUGAUUGAAAUGUAACAUAAAAAUGAAUAAAUAGUUACCAAGUUA